CUCUCGUUAGCGCGCCUACGCCAGUCGUUCAGUCAAACGUGCUGAUUUGAUGAUCCUCCUGAAACCGGGGCGAUAAACACCGGAUUUUACCCGAACAUCGGCUUCGGUGGACUCGUGACCGCAGUCCUGAGAUCUGUUGUCUUACAGUAGAGGAAUGUUAAUGUUUCAUACACUGGUCCGAUCAGCAGCUAUAUUGUGUAACCGUUCCUCCAAACUCUUCGCUGACGAGCCAUAAAUCAGAUUCAAACGCUGAUCUGAGCGAAAACAAGCCCUACUGGGACACAUUCCUCUUUUACACACACACACACACACACACACACACCACACAUCACUGCUGUUACAAUCAAGCACUCAAACCUCAUUAAUCAUUAGUCUCCGCCGAGAUCACACACACAGUACACACACUCACAGUGUCUCCAUGACGAUGCGUGUGUGUGUGUGAGCUGUGUGACGCGGAGCCGCCGUCCUGUCGGACCCGCCGGCGCCGGAAGCCAUGGCCUCGUCCGUGCGCUUCACCGUCACACCAAUCAGAGCCGAGGACCUGCCGGACACGCCCCCGGACGCACACACACACGCCAGGGUCCGCUUCGGCUCGCGGGAGAGCGUCAGUCGCAGCGAGGCGUCCGCAGGGGUCACGACCUCCGACACACCCGAGCAGGCUGAUCAGCUCAGCUACAGUGACGGUGUGAAGCCAUCCAGCGUUUACAUCAACAACUCUCACGCCGCUGAUGACGAUGAUUUCUACGACAGGAAUCUGGCUCUGUUUGAGGAGGAGAUGGACACUCGCCCCAAGGUGUCGUCUCUGCUCAGUCGUCUGGCGAACUACACGAACCUCACACAAGGCGCCCGAGAGCAUGAGGAGGCCGAGAGCAUCGGAGAGAAGCGCAAGCCCCGCAAGUCUCCUCAGAUGGGCACCUUCAUGGGUGUGUACCUGCCGUGCCUGCAGAACAUCUUCGGCGUGAUCCUCUUCCUCAGGCUCACGUGGGUCGUCGGGACGGCAGGGGUUCUUCAGGCGCUGUGUAUCGUCUUCAUCUGCUGCUGCUGUACGCUGCUGACGGCGAUAUCUAUGAGUGCCAUCGCCACUAACGGAGUCGUUCCAGCGGGCGGGUCGUACUUCAUGAUCUCCCGCUCGCUGGGGCCUGAGUUCGGGGGGGCCGUGGGCUCCUGCUUCUAUCUCGGCACCACCUUCGCCGGGUCCAUGUACAUCCUUGGAGCCGUCGAGAUCCUGCUGAUGUACAUUGCUCCCGGCGCCGCCAUCUUCGUCUCUGACGGCCCCGACGGCGAGGCGGCGGCCAUGUUGAACAACAUGCGUGUGUACGGCUCGAUCUUCCUGGCGCUGAUGUCCCUGCUGGUGUUCGUGGGCGUGAAGUACGUCAACAAGCUGGCGUCGGUGUUCCUGGCCUGCGUCAUUGUGUCCAUCGUGUCCAUCUACACCGGAGCGCUGGUGUCCGCCAUCAGCCCGCCCUACUUCCCUGUGUGUAUGCUGGGAAACAGAAGCCUCUCCCAGCAUGAGCUGAAGGACGGCCAGUGCGGGAAGCUAAUGCUCAUGGAUUCGCUAGUGCAGGAAUCCGCUAACUUCAGCGAGAGCCUCAACGGCACCGAAGCUCCUCCAGUCACUGCGCUGGAGAAGAGCACUGACCUGUGGCGGCACUUCUGCAACAGCUCCGAACUGAACGCCGUGUGCGACGAGUACUUCCAGCACAACAACGUCACCGAGAUCAACGGACUCCCGGGACUCGCCAGCGGCAAGAUUGCAGAGAACCUCUGGAGCUCGUACUCCACUAAAGGAGACGUUCUGGAGCGCGGUGUCCAUCGCUCCGCCCACUCUCCCGCCGUGUCCAAUCACUAUCCUUACGUGUUUGCUGACAUCACCACCUCCUUCACGCUGUUGGUCGGGAUCUUCUUUCCCUCUGUGACUGGAAUCAUGGCGGGCUCAAACCGUUCUGGAGAUCUGAAAGAUGCUCAACGCUCGAUUCCCAUCGGCACAAUCCUGGCCAUCCUCACCACAUCCCUCGUGUAUCUGAGCUGUGUUGUGCUGUUCGGAUCCUGCGUAGAGGGCGUCGUUCUGCGGGACAAGUUUGGAGACUCCGUGAAAGGGAAUCUGGUGGUCGGUACGCUCUCCUGGCCCUCGCCGUGGGUGAUUGUGAUUGGCUCGUUCUUCUCCACGUGUGGCGCUGGCCUCCAAUCCCUGACCGGCGCUCCUCGACUCCUGCAGGCCAUCGCUAAAGACAACAUCAUUCCCUUCCUGAGGGUGUUCGGGCACGGGAAGGCUAAUGGGGAACCCACAUGGGCUCUCCUCCUGACUGCGGUUCUGGCUGAGCUGGGGAUCCUGAUCGCGUCGCUGGACCUCGUCGCUCCAAUACUGUCCAUGUUUUUCCUGAUGUGUUACCUGUUCGUGAACCUGGCCUGCGCUCUGCAGACGCUGCUCAGAACGCCCAACUGGAGACCGCGGUUCUCAUACUACCACUGGACGUUGUCGUUUCUAGGCAUGAUGAUCUGUCUGGCUCUCAUGUUCAUAUCGUCAUGGUACUACGCUAUCGUCGCCAUGGUGAUAGCCGGAAUGAUCUACAAAUACAUCGAGUAUCACGGGGCAGAGAAGGAGUGGGGCGACGGCAUCAGAGGUCUGUCUCUCAGCGCGGCUCGCUUCGCUCUGCUCCGGCUGGAGGAAGGACCGCCACACACCAAGAACUGGAGGCCGCAGCUGCUGGUGCUGCUGAAGCUGGACGAGGACGCCCACGUGAAGUCUCCGCGCCUACUGACGUUUGCGUCUCAGCUGAAGGCAGGGAAGGGCCUGACCAUCGUGGGGACCGUCAUCCCGGGGAACUUCCUGCAGGCGUACGGCGAGGCCCUGGCCGCGGAGCAGACUCUCAGGCAUCUGAUGGAGAAGGAGCGCGUCAAGGGUUUCGUCCACUGCAUCGUGGCCCAGAAGCCCCGCGAGGGCAUCAGUCACAUGAUCCAGUCGAGCGGGCUGGGGGGCAUGAGGCACAACACUGUGGUCAUGGGCUGGCCACUGGCCUGGAGGCAGAGCGAAGACCCGCAGAGCUGGAAGACCUUCAUCAACACGGUGCGCGUCACCACGACGGCUCAUCUGGCUCUACUGGUGCCCAAGAACAUCUCUCUGUUCCCGAGCAACAGCGAGCCGUGCACCGAGGGCUUCAUCGACGUGUGGUGGAUCGUGCACGACGGGGGGAUGCUGAUGCUGCUGCCGUUCCUGCUCAGACAACACAAGGUGUGGCAUAAAUGCUCAAUGCGCAUCUUCACCGUGGCCCAGAUGGAGGACAACUCCAUCCAGAUGAAGAAGGACCUGGCCACGUUCCUGUACCACCUGCGCAUCGACGCAUACGUGGAGGUCGUCGAGAUGCACGACAGUGACAUCAGCGCGUACACGUACGAGAGGACUCUGAUGAUGGAGCAGAGAUCGCAGAUGCUGAGGCAGAUGCGUCUGUCCAAGUCGGACCGCGAGAGAGAGGCCCAGCUGGUGAAGGACAGGAACUCGAUGCUGCGCCUGACGAGCAUCGGCUCUGACGAGGACGAGGACACCGACGGGCCGGAGAAGAGCGCGGAUCACCGGCGGGUCCACAUGACCUGGACCAAAGACCGGGCCCUGCAGCUGCUCAGCAACACACACACACACACACACACGGCCUCGUGCUGCAGCACACCGGAGGGCUUCAGGGACAUGCUGAACAUACGCCCGGAUCAGUCUAAUGUCCGGCGGAUGCACACGGCUGUGAAACUCAACGAGGUGAUCGUCAACAAGUCCCAUGAUGCUCGGCUGGUGCUGCUCAACAUGCCCGGGCCGCCCAGGAACACGGACGGGGACGAGAACUACAUGGAGUUCCUGGAGGUGCUGACCGAGGGUCUGGAGCGAGUGCUGCUCGUGCGAGGCGGAGGAAGUGAGGUCAUCACCAUCUACUCCUGAGGGCCAAUCACAGGCCAGCGAGAGGGACGCGUGUGUCGGCUUGACUGCGAUGACCCCUGACCCCUGACGAGACUGGCAGCCGCGUCUCUCGCGCUCUAAUGACAAUAAUAAUAAUAAUCAUUCGAUUUUAGUGUUUGCGCCGCCACAACCGUAUGACGACAUGCAGCAAUAUCUGUGCACACAUAUGAUGUCAUCGAGCCUGGUGCAUGUGACGGACCAAUCGCGCGACUGACUCAGGGCCGAAGCGUUUGAUACUGGACCUAGUGUGUGUGUGUGUGUGUGUGUGUGUGUUCGAAAGGAAUCUGAACUUGAACGUUCAACUAAUGCGUUCUUCGGUGAAACACAACGCGCUCAUAGCAGCGUUUGUGCUCCGCGCAGAAGAUGAACCGCGAUUGGCUGCAGCGGCGAGAGGGCGGCGUCUGUGGUGGGCCGAUCCUGACAUCAUCAUCAUCAUAAACACAUUUACACUCUUUUCAAAUUUCUGAUAUGUUUUUCAUACGUCUAUUUCUCAUGGCCACGGCUUAAAUGCAGACAUAAAUGUGGGAAAAAAAGGAAAUAAAAGUAUAAAAAAGUUCAGUUUCAGUUCCAGUUCAAGUUCAAGUUCCAGUUUUUUUUAACAUUUCUUUGUAUAUUUCUGUGUGUGUGUAAUGUCAGGGUCGGCGUUUCGUAACAGUCAUGUGACGCCGCUCGCUCGCGCUAGUUCUGCAUGAUCAUCAAAGCAAUACAUGUGUGUGUGUGUGUGUCUGUGUCCUGCUUUAUCUAUGGAGGUGUAUGCUAUGCAUUUAUGUUUUUUAAUUUUUUAUCAUAAGUUGCUUACAUGUUUAUGUGCAGGGAUUGUGAAUUUCUUUGUCAUUGUUCAUUCGAGUGUUAUCUGCUAUUUUUAUCACAUUAAAAAUAAAACCACAGUUAUACAUCUCUUUUAAAAAUGCUAA